GAAACAAUAGCUGAGGCGUGAUGUAAGAUUCAUGACACAAUACGUGGAAGCAUGCCAGAGACUGCAAAGGUAUAAAUAGGGUAAGCUAGAGAUAUUUUGUAGCAUUGAUAGACAACUCAGAGGAUGCUGUGGAUAAAGUGCUGUGUUGUGCUCCUGGUCUUCACCUAUGCAUCUCAUGCUGAUCCAGUAUGCUGUGAGUAUACAGACAACUACAAAACAAAACAAACUAGAUAAAGUGAAGAGCUUUAUUGCAUAUGAUCAAGGGCAGCACUAUGUAAUACGAUGUAAUUUUUGAGGAUGGGGCAUAUCCAAGAGACAGAUCUAAUAUAACAAUAAAAAUACACACAAUAAACACACACACACAACACACUACUGUUUAUGGCUUCUUUUUUAAUAAAAAUUAAAAUCCUUAUAUACAGGGAUAUAACAAAAUAACAAAUGUCUCUUAUAUUAGACACACACACAUACACACACACACACACACACACACACACACUCUCUCUCUCUCUCUCUCUCUCUCUCUCUCUCUCAUGGUAAUUCAUAAUUAUAUAUUUGUAACCAAAUAACUUUUUUCAUGAGAUUACUGUUCAUCCCUCAGCUGUUCCAGACAGUGGGAAGGCUUCAGUGACAGCCCUUGUUCUGAACAUGGCCAAGUCUGUGGGACCGUGCGUCACUCCAAAUCCUAGUGUUUUGCUUGCAUUGAAUUUGGUUGACAAAACCUUCGAUCCAGCAACUGCAGAUCUCCUGGUAAAGCAAUUGAAAGAAGAUGCAGUUACAAAGGUUUCUGAAAGUGAGGAGCCCUAAUUCAGAGAUAAGCUUUCUUUUAACAGAUUUUAAUCCUGUUGUUUGUUGUCAUUCGGCUAACCAAAUGAAUGUUUAGUUAUGCUACUUAUAAAACAUGUUCCCUAGAGAACAUUGCGACAUUUGCCUUAAGUUGCUAUAAUAAAACUUUAUCCAGUCUAAUGAUACUUACAGGGUUAUUCAAUUAAGACAGAAUUCAAAGUAGUUUUAAGGCCAAAUAGUCAAACUGGGAGCAUCGCUGAUGUGAAGAAUGUGCUCUGUUUGCUAUUUUGGACUAUAAUUUUCAAUUCACUUUGAAUCCACAUCUAUUUCCUGACAAUUUAGUGAAUAUCUCUGUAUGGUUUAACAGUAAUCUAAUAUUCAUACAGAUAAGAACUAAAACAGGCAUCUUAAACUCCAGAUGUUUCUGAAUUACAACUUCCUUGAUCAUCUAAUGCAGGCAUAGGCGACCUUCGGCACUCCAGAUGUUUUGGACUACACCUCCCAUGGUGCUUUGUCAGCAUUGUAGGUGUAAGAGCAUUAUGGGGGAUGUAGUCAACAUCAUCUGGAAUGCCGAAGGUUGUCUAUCCCUGAUCUAAUGCAUUCGGAAAAUUCUGGGAGUUGUAGGCAUCUGGUGGACCAGAGUUUGAGAUCCCUGUUCUAGAAUCUUAAUGUAUCCACAUGAAGCAAUAUUAUAUAGAACAAGCUGGAUAAGAUAAUACUUUAUGUACCUGCGAACAUUCCCGGCCCAACUCCGGGGGCAGGAAAUAGAGCAGGUGUGCAUGGGUGUGCCCUCCUCAAGCUGACUAUGCACAGAGCAGGGCUGAAGUGCUCCAUGCAUGGUUCUCAUGUCCAGUCCCCUCCUGCCAGCAUUUAGAAAGCUGCCAGCAGGACCUAGAUUUGCUGGAACAGUACUCCAAUAUGUGGGACUGUCCUGGCAAAAUCCAGAUGAUUGUCAUUUAUGCAGAUAGCAAAGGCACCCUUUUUCUAGUGCUAUGACUUUGUGUUUGUCCCAUAGCAAUAACUCAACAUCUUCUUAAAAGAGAAUAACAUCAGCUUUAUUCCUUAAAAUGCAUCUUUAAUGCAGUAAGUCUAUUUCUGUUAAAUUGCUACUCUAAUUCUGUGUGACAGAACUGGAUAUGAUCAACUAUUUGUGUGUUUGCUCCAUCACAGAUUUGCCUUUUAGCUCUGGGAAAGUAGCACUCUAUGCACUCGCUCUUCGCUCAUCGUGCUGUGACAUCACCAAUAUUCCAUACUCUAAGGGAAACUUGAACCUUGUAAGUCUCCUAGAAAAUAAAACAAAGGAGGAGAUCAAAAGUAUUGGUAAGUGACCUCUAUAUUAAGGGGAAUUUACUGUAUUGUUUACUAAACUCCAUAUUGUAGCGAACUGUCAUCUUAGGCAAACAUAAAGGAUUCUGAAGUCACAAUGUGUUAUUUACACCUAAAUAUUGCCAUUGUGGUCUCAGAGUUUAGUGAAUAACUGAGUUCUAAUUACUUAUGUAAUGCAGAUUCAUAUUUCACAUGUUUGAUACCUGUCUAAUGACACUUGCAGAAAAGGAAAAAAAAAAACCUCUAACAACAUUUUACCAAGUGGCUUUGGAUGUUUUGGCUCUGUGUGUUGUCAACAGUCACGUUGCCUUUCAAGCCGGGACAACGCUGGCAAAUGCUGUCCCAUCAAAUCCUACUUCACCUGAUUUCUCUGUGGGUAAGUAACAGGCAUUGUCACAUGUACUGAGCAGUCGAGAGUCAUUUAUUUAUAAAAUUUAGAUGAACUUGACCUAGUGUAGGUGUAUGAAAUAGUGCUUAUCCAUAAUAUCAUCUCAUGGCAAUUCCGACGAUAUUUAUAGAACUGUGAGCAUAUUUUACAUUUCUUUUUGUGCCAUGGGGAAAAUUAGUAAUUAUUUUACUUGAAUGAUCAUGUACAAACCAGUUGUGGAAAGGUAGGCCAAACAUUAUAAACAGUGGUUUUCCUACAGAGAUUUCCAGGCUGUGUAAAGACUCAGAGGUCCAGCAUCACUGCAUCCAUUUCACUGGGGGUUUGUAGUGAGGUGAAAACUAAAGAAAGAUCUUACAUCACAGAGUUGGUAUCAAUCCCUAACAUAAUAGCCAACCUGGUAAAGUAUAGAUAGUCAUCCAAAUUGAAUUAUAUAUCUUUAAAAGGGGCACUGGAGAACAAUUAAAUCAUAUGAAAUAAAAAAUAAUUCUCAUUAUAGAUUUGUAGAACUAUUAAGGGUAUCAAAAUUGCCAAAUAAGGCAACCCUUAUGUGUAUGUCGCCAGCAUUCUGUGAAACCCUUUGAUAAUGCUUACAACCCUGUAAUAUGUUGAAAAGAUUUUUCUGAUCUGAAAUGCGCACAGCUAAAGAGAAUGACCGCUCAUUUGAAAACAUGCAGAUAACAUAUUAUGGAAGUAGAAACAUCAAAUAUGUAAUAAAUAGACACCAGAACACAUGCCAUAUUUUUUCCAUGAGUUAUUCCCUGUCUUCCACGGUCUAUAAUGAAUAAAUACUAAUUAGGAAAAAUCCAAACUCUGUACAAGUGGAACUGUCACUUUUCAGGAUUUUUAGUAUUAUUUUUCUUAUCUCUAUAUUUUGCAUAUAUGUAUUUGUGAGUUAUGGAAAAUACACUUAAAGGAUCACUAUAGGUUCAGGUACACAAACAUGUAUUCCUGACCCUAUAGUGUUAAAACCACCAUCUAGCCCCCCUGGGUCCCUCAUGCCUCCAUAAAUAUAGCAACAUCUUACUGUAUUCAAGCCAGAAGCUGUAACUCUGCAUGCUGUUUGCCUAAAAAAAUAAAAUAAAAAAAAAGCAGUUUGCUGACAUCAUCAGAAGUGGUAGCCUGAUCCAAUCACAGUGCUUUGCUGAGACUGACAAGGAGGCAGAUCAGGGGCAGAGCCAGCAUGAUUCAAACACAGCCCUGGCAAAUCAGCAUCUCCUCAUAGAGAUGAAUUGAAUCAAUGAAUUUCUAUGAGGAAAGUUCAGUGUCUGCAUGCAGAGGGAGGAGAUACUGAAUGUUUGGAUGCAUUUUAGGCAGCCAUGACCCAGGAAGAAUCUCUAACAACAAUCUAAGGAGUGGCCAGUGAAGUUAUCACUAGGCUGUAAUGUAAACACUGCAUUUUCUAUGAAAAGACAGUGUUUACAGCAAAAAGCCUGAAGGUAAUGAUUCUACUCACCAGAACAAAUUCAAUCAAAUUCAAUUAUUCUCUAACUGGGCACCCCAUCUAAGCUCCCUGCCAAGCAUUGCUGGAUAAGCUCUAUGCUUUAUCCUUGGCAUCGACAUAUGAAAAGCAUAGAGAGAAGAGGAGAAAAUAAACAAUAUUUCUGUUUUUCCAGCUUAUUUGCAAUUUUUGUCCAGUCUUUGCCUUGGCUGAAGUUGACUGUGAUGCCAUUUUCUAAAUCAUUAAAAUAAACUUAAGAAAAAUAAAACAAACAAAAAAUUGUAUCACAUGUGAAAAAGGUUAACACAAAUUAAAGGUGAUUUUUUUUUUUUUUUAAUGUUUUGUUCAGUGGUGUAAUUUCCAGAGAAGUGACAUUUCCCCUUUAAAUAGAGCACUUUAUUGUACAAUUAAAUAUAAUAAUAUAAUAUAACAACAUACAAAUGAUAGAGGCUAUAGUUAGCGUGCAACAAAGCAAAAAAGUGCAUGUAACACUCAAAGCCUCGGAGGACUGGACACAUGCACCAAAAAUACCUUCAACGUUUCGGCAAGUGUGCAUCCUUUUGUAUUUAGAGUAUUGAUUUUUUUUUUUUUUUUUAUUAUUAUAAGGGAUGCGUCUUGAGAAUAGUCCAGUUAUGAAAUAUUUAUUUUACAUGUAAUCAUAUUUAAUUCUUGGCUUAAAUGCAAGUGUAUUGUAUAUAAUGCUAAUUUAUCUUCCAGGAAUUGCAAAUAUUUCUUAAAUAGAGAUAACAUUUUACUCAAGUACAUUCCUAAUGGAAUAGUUUAAAAUAAAUGUAUAAUCAAAUGCUUAGAUUCAAAAUGAUUAUAUUUACUGUUGAAUAAGUUACAGUAGCAACUUCAUGGACAUUUCAAAAUACUUUGCACACAUAUUGGGAGGUAGUUAGUGUGACCUCACUACCCCUUCACUGGAAUAGCAGUUUACAUGCUAACAAUGAUAUAUUCCAUCACAUAAAGUCACUCUGCAUCUGCUAUAGAGUAACCCUAUAACCUAUGCAUGAAUUUUACAGAUACCGCAGCUGUCGCAGUGAUGGGAUUUACAUGUGUUCUUGGCAUGGAUGCUGCUCCCACUAAAACAAUUAGUUCAGUGAAGAAUGCUCUGUCCGUGUUAAUAAACCUCAUGUUGAACAACCAAAUGAGUGAUGGAAUCAUUGGUAAUAUAUACAGCACUGGUCUUGCUGCACAGGUAAAUUGAUACACCAGGAACAGAGGAACAAUAUGUUAUCUUAUAUUUUCUUUUUUCAUCCAUGGUUUCAUACCUGCAGAGGCCUGAGAAGAAUUCUUCUACAUAUUUCUUUGUAGGGAUUACGGAUGAUUGGAAAGAUUCAUUGUACAAGAGUAUACAUUUUUAUUUCUACAUGUUCAUUUUUUUAUGCAAUUAAUCGCUACCUGUGCACUAGUUUAUACAUGAUUGCCAGGAUAAGCAGCCAUACCCCACACUAGUGUAUACAAGAUUUGCAUUAUUGCAAAUUAAAUGUGUUUAUUGUAAACAAAGUUUGUAUACUACUGUCCUGAAGUUUACAAUGCUGUGACACUGGGAGCCAAGCAGGGAUUUUGUAGAUUUUUCUUGUGGCCCACAUAAACUUAAACCUUUUUUAUUUGGUCUGUGUUAGUCUUUGAGUUUGACAUGUUCGCUGUAGUUAAGGGGAAGGCAUGUAUUUACUUAGAGCGUUGAAAGGAUGUGUCAUGAUAUCACAUCCUCCAGUGCUCACAGUGAAAUUAUAAUGUUGGAGUUUGAAAUGAGAGAUGCAGGCCACCCUCCUUCCUGGAGAAGUAGGUAAUCGGUGGAUGGCAGUGGGGAGGAGUAAGUGUGCUGAGAGACUGGCAUCAAACACUAUAGUGCUGAACUAGAUGUUUUAGUGUCCAUCUUCCCUCAGAAUAUAGUUGAAAAGCUUUAAACUUCCAUUUUCUCCAUUGCUAACAUGGUCUCGCCAUGGUUGGCCCUGUCUCCAUGGCUGAGAUCAUCAAUUUUGAUGAUCUAAGCCAAUCCAUUGCUUUCCCAUAGGAAACCAUUGGGAGGCUAUUGCACAUGCAUAGCAAUACACUGCACUGUGCCAAUCAGCAUAAAAAAAGAGGCCAAGUGGAACACAAGUGCCGCAAAUCAGUGCAGGCAAGCCACUAAGAUCACUCCCAAAAUCCCAUAAACACAUAUAAUCAAGUUUGUGUAUCCACACUGGCAGGGCCGGAUUAAGAGCACAGUGGGCCUGGUGCUGACAAUUAUGAUGGGCCUAAUUACGGAAUCUUAUCGACCAAAAACACUAAAACAAUCAUACCUCCCAAGCGUCAUGUAUCUGAUGGAGAUGGUGCUGGAGGGAAACUCAUAGGAUGCAGCUAUAAGAAAACACAUACUCUAUGCUAAUUUCUCUCUAAUUUAUGCUUUCAUCUUUCAAGUAAAUCCAUAACCCCUAACAGCAGUGUCCAGUGAAGCAGGAAGUCAAUGGGCGGGGUAAAAGGGUGUGCCACUGGCGUGAAUCACGUGACAAGACCUGCCAAAAGGGGUGAACAUGCCCAAAAAGGGGGCAUGUUUGUCCAAAGAAUUGGAAGGUCAGCCUGGCAUGAAUGCAUGUCAGGCUGCCUGCCAAUCCUGCAGGCUGUCCAACUAAGGGCAUACAAUGCAGGCAGCACCUUGAGCUUGACAUAAAUGCGUCUAAUGAUGCGCUCACUCCAUUCUUUCUAAGGACUGUCCCCUAGCACUCGCUGGUCCACUUGUCUCCUUACCUUCUUACUAUCAGGCAGAAGUUCCUGGUAUAGUCUGAGACAGAGAAAAGGUGUCUGUAGUGAGUGUAGAAGAAAGGGGACAUGCCACAGUGUUAGAGAGACCAACGUCUGCAUUACCUAAACUAACUUUAAUGUCAGCCAGUGCACACAAGUUUUGUUCCCAUACAUCCCUCUUAAGCUUCCAAACUUAAAAGGACACUAUAGUUACCAGAAGAACUACAGCUUAUUGUAUUUGUUCUGGUAAGUAGAAUCAUUCCAUUCAGGCUUUUUGCAGUAAACACUGUCUUUUCAGAGAAAAUAACUCCGCUGGCCGCUCCUUAGAUGGCUGCUAGAGGUGCUUCCUCGGGCAGUACUGCCUAGUGUGCAGCACUGCCAUUCAGUGUCUCCACCCUCUGCAUGCAGACACUGAACUUUCCUCCUAGAGAUGCAUUGAUUCAAUUUAUCUUUAUGAGGAGAUGCUUAUUGGCCAGGGCUAUGUUGGACUUGUGCUGGCUCUGCCCCUGAUCUGCCUAGUUGACAGUCUCAGCCAAUCCUAUGGGGAAGUAUUGUAAUUUGCUCAGACCACCACUUCUGAGCCAGCAGCUGCAGAAUUGAAUACAAGUAAUGUUUUACUAUAUUUAGGGAGGCAAGAAGGGGCCAGGGUGGUGGUUUUAACACAAUAGGGUAAAAAAUACAUGAUUGUGUUCCUGACACUAUAGUUCUCCUUUAAGCAAGAGUAUGUGAAGAGUAGUUAAGGUUGCCACCUUUCUUGGAAAAAAAUACCAGCCUUAAUCAUUUGCAUAAUUAAUUAUUUAUGCAUGUAAAUCACAAGGAGUGACAUCAGAGACAAUUCUGUAAAAUCACCAACAAACUACUCACAGUUUGAUUCUGCUGUAUAGAUGGAUUGCUCCCAGUGUCUCACUGUUUUCCAGUCUCAGUCUCACAAGUCACUCUGUGUCUCAGUGUCCCUAUGUAUCACAGUGUCAGUGUCCCCAUCUCGCCCAGUCCCCUAGUCUCCCAGUGUCUGUGUCCCCAUUUCUCCCAGUGUCCCAAUGUCUCAGUGUGUCCCCAUGUCACUAGGAUACUGGGGACACUGAGAGACAUGGGGACACUGAGAGACCCGAGGACACAGAGACAUGGGGACACUGAGACAUUUAGGGAAACUGGGAGAAAUGGGGACACUGAGACACUAGGGACACAGACACUGGAAGACAUGGGGUCACUGAAACAUUUGGGGACACUAAGACACUAGGGACACAGACAUGGGAACACAGACAUUGGGAGACUAGGGGACACUGGCUGGGAGACAGACACUUGGGGACACUGGGAGACAUGGGGACAGUUGUAGACAUAGACAUGUGGACACUGGAACAUAUAGGGACACUGGGAGACAUGGGGACACCAGGCACACUGAGACACUAAGAACACAGACACUGGGAGACAUGGAGACACUGAAACAUUUGGGGACACUAAGACACUAGGGACACAGACACUGGGAGACUAGGGGACACUGGGAGAUUAGGGGAUACUGGGAGACUAGGGGACACUGGCUGGGAGACAGACACUUGGGGACAGUUGUGGACAUAGACAUGGGGACAUUGGGACACAAGGGGACACUAGGCACACUGAGAGACAUGGGACACAGACACUGGGAGACUUGGGGACACUGAGACCCUAGGGACACUGGCUGGGGGACAUAGUGUCUCCAUGUCCCAAUGUCUCCAAAUGUCCCUAUGUCUCACAGCGUCCCCAUGUGUCUCAGCAUCCCCAUGUGUCCCCUAGUGUCUCAGUGUCCUCAUGUUUUCCAGUGUCCCCAAGUGUCUGUGUCCCCAGGUCUCACAGUGUCUGUGUCCACAUGUGUCCUAGUGUCUCAGUGUCCCCUAGUGUCUGUGUUCCCAUGUGUCCCCUAGUGUCUGUGUCUCCUAGUGUCUGUGUCCCCAUGUCCCCAAGUGUCUCAGUGUCCCCAUGUUUUCCAGUGUCCCCAAGUGUCUCAGUGUUCCCAGGUCUCCCAGUGUCUGUGUCCUAGUGUCUCAGUGUCCCCUAGUGUAUGUGUCAUCAUGUGUCCCCUAUUGUCUGUGUCCCCUAGUGUCUCAGUGUCCCCAUAUGUCCCCUAGUGUCUCAGUGUCCCCAUGUGUCCCUGCUGCCUUUCCCCCCAUCCCUCACUUACCUGAGCUGUACAGCUGCUGCCUGGACUCUCUGUGCUGUGUAGUUGCUCCCCCACGGAUCAGUGAGUAGUAGAGAGAGGCAGGGAUAUUCUGUAACUUCCUAUCCCUGCCUCUCUCCACAUACAGUGACCCCUACUGGCUGGUGCUGGUAUUGCAGAGUAAUUUCCAUUUAUUCUGAGAAAAUUACCUGCAUUUGUAUUGCCGGUAUUACUGCAAUACCGGCACAGCCAGGCAGCCUCAAAUACCAUCUGUGCCAUUAAAAUACAAGUCAGGUGGCAAACCUAAGAGUAGUGUGGGCCUUUUUUUAAAUGGGCCUAUUCCAUGGGCCUGGGCCUGGAGCUGCAGCUCCAUCAGCCCCUAUGUUAAUCCGGCCCUGAUGACCCCCUACACAUACUACAAUCCCUAUCAACCCCUGCACAUACUACAACCCCUAUCACUCCCUACACAUACUUCAACCCAUAUCACCUCCUACACAUACUACUGUCCUUAUCACCUCCUACUCAUACUACAACUCCUAUCACCUCCUACACAUACUACAGCCCCUGUCACCCCUACACAUAUUACAACCGCUAUCACCCCCUACACAUACUACAACUUCUGUCACUCCAUACACAUAUUACAUCCCCUAUCAUCCCCUACACAUACUACAAACCCUAUCAUCCCCUACACAUACUACAACCCCUAUCACGCCUACACAUACUACAACCCCUAUUACUCACUAUACAUACUACAACCCCUAUCAACUCCUACACAUAUUACAGCCUCAAUCACCCCUACACAUACUACAACUCCCAUCACCUCCUAAACAUACUACAGCCCCUAUCACCCCCUACACAUACUACAACCCCUAUCACCUCCUACACAUACUACAGUCAGGGACAUAUUUGCCGCAAGGCAAACAAGGCAUUUGCCUUGGGUGGCACUUUCCAGGGGGUGGCAAAAGACGCUGCCCCCAAAUGCCUUGACAAAUACCUUGUUAGCCUGGUGGCUCCUGGCAUCACUUUGCGGUGCGCGAGGGAGCUGAUCAAAGAUAGCUCACAAAUCAGUGCUCCCUCGCCGGCGCCACCCGCCCGGAUUACAAUUAGCCGCCCAAGUGCCUGCAUGCCUGCCUCCCUCCCUACAAGAAGACCCACUGGCAGGGCCGGAUUAAGAGCACAGUGGGCCUGGUGCUGACAAUUAUGAUGGGCCUAAUUACGGAAUCUUAUCGACCAAAAACACUAAAACAAUCAUACCUCCCAAGCGUCAUGUAUCUGAUGGAGAUGGUGCUGGAGGGAAACUCAUAGGAUGCAGCUAUAAGAAAACACAUACUCUAUGCUAAUCCCUCUCUAAUUUAUGAUUUCAUCUUUCAAGUAAAUCCAUAACCCCUAACAGCAGUGUCCAGUGAAGCAGGAAGUCAAUGGGCGGGGUAAAAGGGUGUGCCACUGGCGCAAAUCACGUGACAAGACCUGCCAAAAGGGGUGAACAUGCCCAAAAAGGGGGCAUGUUUGUCCAAAGAAUUGGAAGGUCAGCCUGGCAUGAAUGCAUGUCAGGCUGCCUGCCAAUCCUGCAGGCUGUCCAACUAAGGGCAUACUAUGCAGGCAGCACCUUGAGCUUGACAUAAAUGCGUCUAAUGAUGCGCUCACUCCAUUCUUUCAAAGGACUGUCCCCUAGCACACGCUGGUCCACUUGUCUCCUUACCUUCUUACUAGCAGGCAGAAGUUCCUGGUAUAUAGUCUGAGACAGAGAAAAGAUGUCUGUAGUGAGUGUAGAAGAAAGGGGACAUGCCACAGUGUUAGAGAGACCAACAUCUGCUUAUUGUAUUUGUUCUGGUAAGUAGAAUCAUUCCAUUCAGGCUUUUUGCAGUAAACACUGUAUUUUCAGAGAAAAUAACUCCACUGGCUGCUCCUUAGAUGGCUGCUAGAGGUGCUUCCUGGGGCAGUACUGCCUAGUGUGCAGCACUGCCAUUCAGUGUCUCCACCCUCUGCAUGCAGACACAGAACUUUCCUCAUAGAGAUGCAUUGAUUCAAUUUAUCUUUAUGAGGAGAUGCUGAUUGGCCAGGGCUAUGUUGGACUUGUGCUGGCUCUGCCCCUGAUCUGCCUAGUUGAUAGUCUCAGCCAGUCCUAUGGGGAAGUAUUGUAAUUUGCUCAGACCACCACUUCUGAGCCAGCAGCUGCAGAAUUUAAUACAAGUAAUAUUUUACUAUAUUUAGGGAGGCAAGAAGGGUGGUGGUUUUAACAUAAUAGGGUCAGAAAUACAUGAUUGUGUUCCUGACCCUAUAGUGCUCCUUUAAGCAAGAGUAUGUGAAGAGUAGUUAAGGUUGCCACCUUUCUUGGAAAAAAAUACCAGCCUUAAUAAUUUGUAUAAUAAAUUAGUUAUGCAUGACAUCACAUGAUGUAAAUCACAAGGAGUGACAUCAGAGAAAAUUCUAUAAAAUCACCAAACUACUCACAGUUUGAUUCUGCUGUAUAGAUGGAUUGCUCCCAGUGUCUCCCUGUCUCCCAGUGUCUCAGUCUCGCAAGUCACCCAGUGUCUCAGUGUCCCUAUGUAUCACAGUGUCAGUGUCCCCUGUGUCGCCCAGUCCCCUAGUCUCCCAGUGUCUGUGUCCCCAUUUCUCCCAGUGUCUCAGUGUGUCCCCAUGUCACUAGGAUACUGGGGACACUGAGAGACCCGGGGACACUGAGACAUUUAGGGAAACUGGGAGAAAUGGGGACACUGAGACACUAGGGACACAGACACUGGGAGACAUGGGGACACUGAAACAUUUGGGGACACUAAGACACUAUGGACAAAGACAUGGGAACACAGACACUGGGAGACUAGGGGACACUGGGAGACUAGGGGACACUGGCUGGGAGACAGACACUUGGGGACACUGGGAGACAUGGGGACAGUUGUGGACAUGUGGACACUGGGACAUAUAGGGACACUGGGAGACAUGGGGACACCAGGCACACAGACACUAGGAACACACUGGGAGACAUGGAGACACUGAAACAUUUGGGGACACUAAGACACUAGGGACACAGACACUGGGAGACUAGGGGACGCUGGGAGACUAGGGGAUACUGGGAGACUAGGGGACACUGGCUGGGAGUCAGACACUUGGGGAGACAUGGGGACAGUUGUGGACAUAGACAUGGGGACACCAGGCACACUGAGAGACAUGGGACACAGACACUGGGAGACUUGGGGACAGUGAGACACUAGGGACAAUGGCUGGGGGACAUAGUGUCUCCAUGUCCCAAUGUCUCCCAAUGUCCCUAUGUCUCACAGCGUCCCCAUGUGUCUCAGCAUCCCCAUGUGUCUCAGUGUCCCUGAGUGUCUCAGUGUCCCCAGGUCUCCCAGUGUCUCAGUGUCCCCUAGUGACAGUGUCCCCUAGUGUCUGUGUCCCCUAGUGUCUGUGUUCCCAUAUGUCCCCAAGUGUCUCAGUGUCCCCAUGUUUUCCAGUGUCCCCAAGUGUCUCAGUGUUCCCAGGUCUCCCAGUGUCUGUGUCCUAGUGUCUCAGUGUCCCCUAGUGUAUGUGUCAUCAUGUGUCCCCUAGUGUCUGUGUCCCCUAGUGUCUAAGGGUCCCCAUGUGUCCCCUAGUGUCUCAGUGUCCCCUAGUGUCUCAGUGUCCCCAUGUGUCCCCUAGUGUCUCAGUGUCCCCAAUGUGUCCCCUAGUGUCUCAGUGUCCCCAUGUGUCCCUGCUGCCUUUCCCCCCAUCCCUCACUUACCUGACCUGUAGAGCUGCUGUCUGGACUCUCUGUGCUGUGUUGCUGCUCCCCCAUGGGUCAGUGAGUAGUAGAGAGAGGCAGGGAUAUUCUGUAACUUCCUAUCCAUGCCUCUCUCCACACACAGUGACCCCUACUGGCCGGUGCUGGUAUUGCAGAGUAAUUUCCAUUUAUUCUGAGAAAAUUAGCUGCAUUUGUAUUGCUGGUAUUACUGCAAUACCGGCAGGGCCAGGCAGCCUCAAAUACCGUCUGUGCCAUUAAAAUACCAGUCAGGUGGCAAACCUAAGAGUAGAGUGUAAAAAAAAAAUGUACAAAAAAAAAAAUUUUUUUUUUUUUUUUUUUUAAAUGGGCCUAUUCCAUGGGCCUGGGCCUGGAGCUGCAGCUCCAUCAGCCCCUAUGUUAAUCCGGCCCUGCACACUGGGUACACAAUAUAGGGCGUCACAGACCUCCUGUGGUGUUAUAGUUAUCGCUCAAUAGAUGGUAAAUUGCAUGUAAAGACAAAAUAAAAAAAUAAUCAUAAUGUAGUAUUUAUUAAUACAAAAAUAAACCAGUAAAACCACUCACAAACGUAAUGGCACAAUAAGACAUCUAUCUUAAUUGUGCAGACAUGUAUUGUACCCCUAGAUAGGCUUAGUCUUAAUCUUGCGUGUUUUUUAGUGUCCGCACAUGCGCAUAGCAAAAUCGAAUAUGAAGUCCAGCAUCAUAACGUUUGGGCGCUCUUUCGCACAUGCGUGCACAACCAGCUUGGAAUGCAACCAAGGUUUAUUAAUAUUGUGUGCGAACUAAUAAUUUCGGAUAAGUAUAAAAAAAACUGAUCAGAACUAUGUGCUAUUGCGCUUCCGAGUGUAAGGAUAGCCUCAGAAAUUUGCAACAUUAGAAAUAUUUAAAAUAUAUAACAUGAAAAUAGAAAAAAAAUCAAUAAUUAACAAAAGUUAAUAAAGGGAAAAUGAAGGGAUAUGUUGCAUGUAGGGAAAAUAUUUGUGGGUUACAAAAAAAACCCCCCAAAAACUCUCAUAUUGAUAUACAAUAUUGAAAACCAAUAUAAAAUAUUUCAUAAGCAUCCAAAAUCACACUUCAUAUAGAGUCCAUAUAAAAAUACAUAAUAUUCAGAAAAGAGAGAGAAUUGUAAAAAUUCCAUAAGACCAACCAUGAUUAGCAGUCAUUAUUAGGAUAAUUUAUAAUCACUGAUGUACAUAGUAUAUUCUAUGUCAAAAUUGUAUACAUACAUAAUUCAAUACAAUUUAAUAAAAAUGUAAGAAAUUUAAAAAAACCUUAAAAAAUGGAAAAGGAAAAGAGAUGUAUGAGAAAAACGACACAUUAACAAGAAAAACUACAAAUGGCUCAAGGUAUAGAAUAGAUCCAAAAAGUAUAAUGCAGACAUGGAUGUCACUUUAUGCACAAUCUAAAAAUAUAAAAAUACACAAGAAACUGCUUAAAAUUUAUAUAAAGAAGGUCUAUAUGAAACAGACAUGUAAGAAACAAUGACAAAAGUCACUAUUUACAAUCAAUCCAUAAAAAACAAUAUAUCUAAAUCUAAAUUAAGACCUUUAGGUACUGUGGUUUGUAAUCUGUGAAUCCAUUCCGUUUCUUUCAUGUCUAGCAUUUAUGUUCAAUAUCGCCUCCUCUCCAAUCUCCUAUUAGAGAUGCAUUAAAUCAAUGCAUCUCUAUAGGGAGCAUUCAGCAUCUCCUGCACAAAAUGCAGUACUAAAAUAGGAAGCACCUCUAGUGGUCAUCUGAGUGACUACACCCAAAGGUGUUACUAGGCAGCAUUUAUAUUGAGCCUGCUGAGUUUACAGGGACAUGCUACAGACACCAGAACCACUACAUUAGACUGUGUUGGUUUUGGUGACUAUAGUGUCCCUUUAACAAAAAAGUAACCAAGCCGGAAGCACAGCUGACAAAUAAUUUUUCCAGCUUAGCUAUUUAAACCUUAAAUUUAAAAUUUACAUUAAAUUCGGUUUGAAUUCUCACUUUAGUGAAUGAUUCUGUGGGUACUGAAAUGUAUGACUAUUCAAAAAUAGUUUGAGUAGGUACCAGAGUAAACGUUUAUCAUAUAUGACAGACAUUUUAAAUAGUUAUAUAUAAAUUUAAUUUGUUUUAAUGUGAUACAAAUGUGAUUGCAUUUUCUUCAGUCUUCAAAAGAAAGAAUUUUAUAACAACAACCCAAUAAUUAACUUUUUGUUGUGAAGCUGCUACAGUGAUUGUUUUUAUUGUUGCAAUAUUAACUCUAGUCAAAUGCAUAGACACAAUGUCCAUUUAUGAUUAUUUCAUAAGCACAUCUUUAAACACAAUUGUGUUCAAAAUUCUAUAUGUAGGAUUUAUAUUUGAUUGUGGAACAUUAGUACCAACCAAAGAACAAAUACUUUUGGGAGGUGUCAAGGAUACAGUAUAACCUCAACAUGCCCUACCACAUUCGGCAUAGGCUAAUGCUAUCAACGAUAAGAUGCAAAUAGUGACUUAUCACUGGUUCCUAAACUAAUGUAAUAGUGCAUGUAAGGACAGAUGGAAUGGUCAAAUACAAACACACAAAAGUAGGCCAUGCAUUCCCCACUACUCUUGGGCAGCAGCAAUGACUAUAAUAUUCAUCAGCCCAAAUAACAAAGAACAAAACAAAACAAAAACAAAGUUACUUGCACUUCAUUACAAACACGUAUGCAUAUUUAAAUAGUAGGAAUUUAACUACCAUUCCAAUGGCCAUUAAAAUGUAAGCUCACCUAACAAAUCAAGGUACACACAAAGUCUUAUACGGCAAUUCACCUUGCUGUUUAAAAAUCUCAAAUGAGACAUAAAGGGUAUUACUAUGAACCCCUACAAACUUAUUAACCAUUAAUAGAAGACAUGUUUUUUUGGUUUGCUUUUUUAAUUGUGAAAUAACAAUAUGAAGUCAAUGAGUGGUAGACAAGCCAAAUAAUUGUAUUACAAAAUAUAAAUCAAAUAAUGGGCACACUAGAGAGCCAGAGAACCACAAUAGGUUGUAAAUAGCCAACAGAAUGGCUAAAAAAAUAUAAGAUAUAUAUAUUAAUAUUUAUAUGUAGUAUGCAUGUUCAGCUGAGAUUUAUCAUGGGUGAAUUGAGGUGAAUAUUAUACACCACAAGACAGCGCACAGUCCCAGUGUGCACAGUAAGAGAGUGCAUCAGGAAGCCAUAACAGGAGUGUUGCUCUAAUAAUACAGUUGUGAAUGUGCCUCAACCAGAUGUUUUACUUAUAUAAUUAUAUAUAUAUAUACACAUUUUCUUUUUGAGUUCCAUUUUUCCUUUGUUUUACUUUAGGCACUUACUGCUGCACAGUCUUAUUAUACCACUACAUCUUGGAACUGCCCUCUCACAAUACAAAAAGUCCUUCAAGAAAUUCCACUUGGUACCUUCUCUUUGCCCAUUGCAGCUGCCCAGGUGUUACCCUUCCUGCAGGGUAUGAGUUACGUCAAUGUGAAGGACAAGCAAUGCACAGUUGACAACAGUAAGUCCCUUAUUUUAUUAUUAUUUUAGUUUUGUAUUUACAUAGCACCAAUCAAAUUCAUAUUACAGGAUGCAAUACAUAAAGAGCCUCAUAAAAAAAAGUUUUUUGAGACAGAAAAGAAGUAAUAUCGUAGGAUGUGAAAGCUUGCAAUCUAAAAUAUGAAAAGUGAAGAUUGUCACUUUAAAAAUUGUGAGAUAGGGUAGGACUGGCACUUAAAGGGAACCUGUCAUGACGGCCCUAAUACCCCAUUAAGCAACAAAUAUAUCAUUGGCCAUUACGAUUAUUUCUAUAUAUUUAACUGGACGUUCGUAAGCAAUUCCUGUGGCCCUGCAGACAAGGCAUGAACUGAUCCCGGGCUGUGCAGCAGGCUUCUUACCUUUUAUCUCAUGAGUAUUGAGGAUGACUCCAGUUUUAUUUUAAUCACUCUGUCAGUUAUUAUGCUCUGAACUUAACUUGCUUUUUUUAAAAUGUAUUUCUUCUGACAUAUUCAUUAUCAUGAUUUAUCGUGUUUAUAUAUUAUUUAAAGAUUAGGCAGAAUUUUCUAGGAGUUUCUUUCUGAUUGCUGACCUUAUCUGACAUACUUCUGUUUAAGCCUCUGUGAUACUUAUUUACAAAUAUAUAUACACAUUUAUUUGAACUCCUACUUUAUGUAUAUUGUGCAUCUUUCAAUGCUUCAAUAAACAGAGAUUGACAAUAGGAAAUAAAAAAACACAAAACAAAACUUUGUGUAGUCUAUUCAUUAAACGCCUCAUAGCAGCUGAAUAGUAUUUGAUUUUAAAAUUUUGGCUAUUUUAACCAAAACGUUUGCUAUGUAAAAUUCAUUUGGCUACUCACAUAGAGCAAAUUCAGACAUAUUGGCAUUUUGAUUGGCAUUUUGAUUCUUACCUUUACCCAACAUUUUUAGCAUGCCCUGCAAUGAUUUCAAAAUCCUAAAUGCCCCAUAAACUCUACUCACACUUACAAAGACAUCUUUUUUCUCUCUGAGCUGAAUAUGACCAGUACUCCGGUGCUGUGUGAGAGCCCCACACUCAUGGUUUCCAUAGAUGUGAGGUUGUCAAACAGUGCAGAAUUUACUUUUAAUAUAGACCAGGGAUUGGCAACCUUUGGCACUACAGAUGUUUUGGACUACACCCCCUGUGACGGACCACCUGGCAAUCAGACCGAGUGCCUCCACCAACCGAUGCUCCUAGUGCUCACCGAGGAAUUCCAGCACUCCACCAGACACCAUAAGCACUGCAGACCCCACUUCCAGCGAUGCAGCUGCGCCGGGGUCUCGCAGUCCUCCACCCAUCCUGGACCCAAUACUGGGAUCCAGCUUUCAGUGGACAGACCUCUCCUACUCCCAGAGAGCGUAGCAGGAACAUCUCUUAUAAGAGCUAAUGAUUAUAAUUCCUGGGGAGUAUAGUGAUAUAGCAAUCCCCAGGAUAGAUACAGCCCUUUUCCCCCCCACACAUGAGAUAAAACUCUAUGUUGAAGGUAAGAAGGAACAGAUGUUUAAUGGAGGCACACUGGCCUUUUAUGCAAGUUUCCCAACAAGGGUGACACCCAGGUGGACCUUGUUAGGCACAUUGACACAAAGUGAAUAAACCAAUAAAAAUGGAGUCAUACAGUGAGACACUCCCAUACACAAAAAAUAGAAUCCCUCCUCUGUGCUUGGGACAUAAUUAAAUCUGGAACUGUACUAAUCUAACACAAUUAUUUUCAAGCACAGAAAAACAUACAAUUUUAUGAAACCCCAAAAAGUACCUUAAAAACACAUAAAACCCCAUAAAAGUUACAUCCCGAUCUGGGUGAACAACAUAUCCAAAAAUCACCCGGAUCAGUUCAGGGGUUCAGGAAUUUCCUGGAAGUCAUAGUUUUGACCGACUGUACACAUGGUCCUAUGCCCAAAACAGUUCCAGGGAAAUCAGUGCUAACAGCCGGUCAAGUUCGGUAGUCUUUUACAGGUUUCCUCGCAGGGCCCAUAGUCUGUGGGCAGGAGGCUGGCAAGCAGGCCCCUCCAAGUACAAGUGGCGAGGUUACUUUUGCCACACCCCCAUGAUGCUUUGCUAGCAUUAUGGCUGUAAGAGCAUUGUGGAAGGUGUAGUCCACAACAUCUGGAGGGCCGAAAGUUGCCUACCCCUGAUAUAGACUAUAGGUAGAGAAUUUAUAAUGUGUUCUUUAACCCCUCAAAAACAAAAAAAACAAAGAAAACCCCAAAUAUAUAUUUUCUCACUUUCUCACACACAUAUACUCAUACAUACACAUUCAAGCACACACAAGCAACUUUUAUUUUUUGGUUUUAUAAAGAUACUCAUUCAGCCUCCUUACAUUUGUCUGGAAAAGCUGGAGUGGAUCCUCAUCCCUGGUGGCUAGUGGGGAGCUGCUGUGAUCUCCGUGCAUUGGCUGGGCAGCUGCCUUGAGCACCCAGUACUGAUGCUGUGGCCUAAGUGAUGUCACAUUCAGGUUCUCAGAAUCACUACAAGGCACACAAGGGAGCUGUGUUCCAGAGCACAGAUAUAUCGCAGCUCACUUGCUGCUUGCCAGUAGAUUUCGAUAGUGUAGGCACUUGUAAAGUGAAUAGGCAGGUGCCUAGUCUGCAUUAUUGGAAAUAUAAGUCUGCCCCCAAAAAUGCCUUAAUACAGCUGCAGGGCUGCCUUUCACUUGUGCCAGCCCUAAACGACAACGUAUACAUGGUAGUACGAAAACAACCAGAUUUACUUCUAAGCUACUGCUUAAAACAUGGGUAGGCAACUUUCAGCACUCCAGAUGUUGUGGAUUACAUUUCUUAUAAUGCCCUUACAGCCAUAACGCUGCCAAUGCAUCAGGGGAGAUGUAGUCCACGACAUCUGGUGGGUCAAUAGGUUUUCUAUACCUGGCUUAGAACAUGUUAGAAGAAAUGUUAAAGGUUCUGCUAUGUGACAAUACAAGACCUGCAAUAUCUCAAAGUUAUUAUUAAAUUAGUAUGUAUGUAGAAGGUGUACAGGGCACUUCCUGGGCACUUACUAUGGGUAAACACAGAGCAGGCCUGCAAUCACUGAAGUGUGUGUGAGUAGGGCACUUAGAAGCACGAACAGGGUUGUACUCACGCAUUAAAUAUGUUCUGGGUGCCAGGUCCUUAAAACAUUUGGUGUUUACUCUUUAAAAGUUUAUCAGUCUUCAAAAGGAUACGAUAAUGUGGUAGUUGGGAAUUAAGCUUCAAAGUGGGGGAGGAAUAUGUGGAACAAGCCAGCUGGCUCUAUAUAAGGAAAGUAAUUUAUACAUUUUCUUACUUUUUUUUUUUUUUUGCUUGAGAACAUGUAUUUACAUCUGCUUUGUGUGUCUUUUCUGCUAUGUGUGCCGCACACACUAGCUCAGGAAGAAUUAGGUGAGUUCAAAAAAAGAUAGGUUGUCAUUACAGAUAGGUCGUCUGUCAUUACAGUGCUCAUGUUUUCCUGAUCCAGCGGAGUAUAUAAGUUCAUGCUUAUAAAAUAUGUAUUUCUUAGUCUUUAAUUCAUUUACACAUGCUGUUAUAUGAUCUUUUUCAUAAUAUAGCAUAGAUGAUUUUAUUUGUCAUAUAUUUAAGUUAAUUUUGAUUAUAACGUACCAUUUUUCUUUUAAAUAAUGCAAUUUAUAAUCAUCAAUUCAACUAUAUGUUCUUCCUCCUUCCCCUUUGCAGGUCCUCGCAUUACAGUGGAGUACACCAUAGUAAAUAACCUAGUAGAGGAAAAUUUCAAAUACACUAUCCAGGUAGAAGUCCUAGAAGGCUCGACUUUGUUGCAGGUCAUGCAAAAAGCUGCUCAGAUCAACCCCAAGGAGUUCAGGUGAGGAACUAAACAGACAGGAUUAGUGUCAUCACUUCCACACAGUGAGCAAGUAAAGUCAAUUUCCUCAUAGUUAUUGUAUAAAGCAAUCAGUUAGGCUAUUUGUUACUUCUGUUUACCGUGAGGUCAUUCUCAAGUUUCAGAAACUGUUAAUGUUUUCUUACAAGAUUCUGAACUAUUGAGCUUUCCAGUUUAAAUGGAUUUCCAACAGGGCUUCAGAAAGGGGGAACAUUUUCUCAUUGACUCUAAAAUGACACUGUAAUUUAAUUUUCAGUCAAUAUGUUUCUGGUAUGAACUUACUGUGCAUAGUCUGUUAAAAUGCAUUCAGUCACGAGGUGGCUAUUGAAUUUGACAAUACAGUGAAUUUACAUUGUAUCUUUUGUUAGUGUGCGAUAACGUAUGUAUGCUGUUGGGCUGAUCAGGCAAUCGGACAAAAUGACAAUUUCCAAGCCACCACAAAUGUUGUGGGAACCGACUGUUCGGUUUGGUUCUUGAUUCAGAGUGCUAUUCCUGGUAUCAGAAAAAGGGGGAUUGAAAAGAGGCUAUUUCUGAUUUUUUUGGGGGGUGGGGGGCAUAUAUCAGUAUCCCAUGAUGGGCAGGAUGUGUUAAAAUUGAUGGUUACAGCUGCUUAAUGUUGAUUUUAUUCACAUAUCAAGUGACCAACAUAGGGGGGAAACUGAGAAGCAGUAUACUAUACUUACAAUCAGGAUUCUUCUUUAAUUUAAGAUACUGAAGGAGACGGGCCAGCAGUGAUCAUGUGUGUUUACCCCUGCCAUGUCUGUGUGGAAGUGAAAGACUAUGUUUAGCUCUCUGCUGUGUCCAGCUUGCAGCUAUUGCCAGAAGCAAAGGUGUACCUGGAGCAUUUGGCACCCAGGGCAGAUCCUAUAUUUGGCACCACCCCCCAAGUUUAAAAUGUAAAAAACAUCCACAAUUUUCUUUUAUGUAUUUAGCACUGAGCAGUGUUUUUUUCUGAAUGUAAGCAUACAGAUACAAACACUGACACAUAGAGAUACACAUAUACAGAUCACAGACACACACAUACAGAUACACAGGUACAAGUGUGUGUAUAUAUAGUGUAUGCAGUGUGUGUGUUUGUGUAGUGGAUGCAGUGUGUGUGCAGUGUAUGCAGUGUGUGUAUAUAGUCUAUGCAGUGUGUGUGUUUGUGUAGUGUGUGUGUAUAUAGUCUAUGCAGUGUGUGUUCGUGUAGAGUAUGCAGUGUGUGUGUGUAAAUAGUCUAUGCAGAGGGUGUGUUUGUGUAUGAAGUGUGUGUUUCUGUAGUGUAUGCAGUGUGCAUGCUAUGUGGGAUAAGUGGUAGGGGGGUGAGCAGUUUGUAUUGAUUGGGUUUCCCCCCCCUCCCUGACUCUUAACUGUGUCCAGGGAGUGGAGACAUAACAUUCCCUGUUAGUCUGGUGGCACAGCAUGGUUGUCCAAAUAAGAGGGCCCAGGAGCAUCCACCUUCGUUUCACCUCCAGCAGCAGGUCCUUUGUUCUGGCAUUUCCAAGAGCAUUGCCGCGGGUUGACAUGGCAACGCUCCGGCAUGCAUUGCGUGCAGGGCCGGUGCAAGGAUUUUUGCCGCCCUAGGCAAAAGUAAAGUUUGCCCCGUGACAUCACAAUGCCCCACCCAUAUGACCUGCCAUGUUAACUAACGCUAGUGCUGCAGUGCCGCUGUGUUUACAUUAAAAGGCCUGCAGGGACAGGCUAUAGACACCAGAACCACUACAUUAAGCUGCAGUGGUUCUGGGGACUAUAGUGUUUCUUUAAUGUGAGGUAAAUUAGAGAUUAGUGCCACGAAUAAUAUACUAGAUUGCCUACUUACAACCAGAUGAGGAUGAUGAUGGGCUCUAGCUGCAGUCUGGCUCCACUGGUCUGGUGUAUAACAGGAUCUCUGGAGGCUGUUUGUAACUGUGGUCACAAAAAUCAAUGUUCUGGGAGAACGGAGAAGCAGCUCCAUUUUUUGGGGGCCCUUUACACAGCUCAAGGUCUGGGUCCCAGGGUCCACCUUCAUGUUCCACCAAUGAGUUUGUUCACAGGGGGUGGAGUGUGUAGGGGAUGUCCUGAUUUGUGUGUAAGGAAUGCAUUGUGUGAAUCUGUGUUUCUAUGUGUAAGGGCUGCAAGGUGUGUUUCUGUGUAUGUAAGGGAUGAAGUGUGUGAGUCUGUAAGGGGUGCUUUGAGUGUGUUUAAGGGGUGCAUUGAGUGUGUGUAAGGAAUGCAUUGUGUGUUUCUGUGUGUGUAAGGGAUGCAUUGUGUGUAAGGGUUGCAUUGCGUGUGUGUGUGUGUGUAAUGCAUUGUGUGUGUAAUGCAUUGUGUGUUUUUCUGUGUGCAAGGGGUUCAUUGUCUUUGUGUGUAAGGGGUGCAUUGUGUGUGAUUGUGUGUGUGAUGGAUGUCAAUCUCUCCCCCCCUCCCUUGUCACUCUCUUCUCCCCCCCUCCCUUGUUACUCUCAUUCCCCCUCCCUCCCCUGUCACUCCCCCCUCCCUGUCAAUUUCUCUCUCCCCGUCAAUUCCCCUCCCUGUCAAUGUCUCCCCCCUCCCUGUUAGUUCCCCCCCUGUUAGUUUCUUCCCCCCACCUCCCUGUUAGUUUCUUUCCCCCCACCUCCCUGUUAGUUUCUUUCUCCCCCCUCCCUCAGUUUAUUUCUUCCCCCCUCCCCUCCCUGUUUCUUUCUUCCCCCUCCCUGUUUCUUUCUUCCCCCUCCUUCCCUGUUUCCUUCUCCCCCCUCCCUCCCUACCUGUUUCCUUCUCCCCCCUCCCUCCCUCUUUCUUCCCCCUCCCUCCCUGUUUCUUUCUCCCCCCUCCCUCCCUCCCUGUUUCUUUCUCCCCCUCCCUCCCUGUUUCUUUCUUCUCCCCCCUCCCUCUCUGUUUUUCUUCUCCCCCCUCCCUCUUUUUUUUCUUCUCCCCCUCCCUCUGUUUCUUUCUUCUCCCCUCCCUCCCUCUCUGUUUCUUUCUUCUCCCCCUCCCUCCCUCUCUGUUUCUUUCUUCUCCCCCCUUCCUCCCUCUUUCUUCCCCCUCCCUCCCCUACCUGUGUGGUAGUGUGGCCGAGCCCAGUAUAGUCCGACCGGUACAGGGAGCUGUUGUUUCCUGUACCCGGCCGGACUAACAGGAAGUGAACACAGAGUGUGCACUUCCUGUUAGUCCGGCCGGGUACAGGAGACAGCUGCUCUCUGUACCCGGUCGGACCAUCAUAGAGGGCUCGGCCACGCUACAAGAGGGAGCUGACAGGUGGGGCGCUCAGCGCUGAGCGUUCCCUCCUGUCAGCCCCUCUCCUCAGGCUGCGCCAGGCGGUGCGGUCCGCCCUCAUGGACGCACCGCCCGGGCAAAGCUGCAGCCGCCUGAGGCUCUUUACAGAGCGCUCGGGCGGCUGCAGCAUGAGCGGGGCCGGCGCUCCUGGCGGCGCCCCCUCCCAAGGGGCGCCCUAGGCGGCUGCCUAGUCCGCCUUACAGGUAGCGCCGGCCCUGAUUGCGUGCAGCACAGAGUGUUUCUAUAGCAACUCACUGUAAUGCUCUUGCAGAUCGCCAGAACAGAGGGCCUGCUGCUGCUGGAGGUAAAAUGAAUGUAGAGAGUCUUGCAAGUGCCCUGGGCCCUUUACAUAAGACACAUGCGCCCUAGACAUCCCCCCUAAUGAGUGGCACCCGGGACGGACCACGCCUUCCGCUCCCCCUUAUUAUACCACUGGCCAGGAGCAUUUGAAACAACUUUCAGUAGAAGAUUAGAUUGAAUUUGCAUACGUAAUUUGGUGUAAUAAGAAAAAGAAAUCCACCAUCAUAAUUUUUAUGUUCUAAUCCCAAGAAGAAAUUGAGGAAGGGUUGGGAAGGUGCUGUGUAUCCCAAUGCAUCAUCAGCAUAAGUGUCAUGGCAUCUUAGAGUCUGAACACCUCUUCCUCUGCCAUGAGGACUGCCAUGAUGACUGCUGACACCUAUUGCUGUGUCUACCACCACCUCUGUCAUAACCACUAUUAUUAGAGAGAAGGAUAAGCAGCAUGUCUGUUAAAGCGGUGCUGUCACCCUAUACUUACCUUGCUUCAAUCUGUUCUUCUUUUCCUCACUCCUAUCAGUUCUUUUCUUCUUCUUCUAUUUUUUUGUCCUGAAUUAUAUAAGGCAAAGGACUAUUUUGACUGUACAGCAUUAAGAGUAUGUCUAAGGACUUGCAGGUCCGAUACACAUUAAGAGUUUUUCUUGAUCUUUUCCCUAUUUGUUUGUUUUUGCACUGAGUAUAUUAAAGGACCACUAUAGGCACCUAGACCACUUCAGCUCAAUGAAGUGGUCUGGGUGCCAGGUCCAUCUAGGAUUAACCCUGCCUGCUGUAAACAUAGCAGUUUCAGAGAAAAUGCUAUGUUUACUUUAGGGUUAAUCCAGCCUCUAGUGGCUGUCUCAUUAACUGCCGCUAGAGGCGCUUUUGCGCUUCUCACUGUGAAAAAUCACAGUGAGAAGACGGCAGCGUCCAUAGGAAAGUAUGGACUGGCUGAAAAUAUGGACUGGCUGAAUGCACUCUUGCCGCGCAUGUGCAUUCAGCCUAUGAUAUCAGAAAAGGGAGGAGAAAGGUGAGUGUUUAACCCCCUUUCUCCCCAUAGAGCCCGGCAGUAGUGGGACCCUGAGGGUGGGGGCACCCUCAGGGCACUGUAGUGCCAGGAAAACGAGUUUGUUUUCCUGGCACUAUAGUGGUCCUUUAAACUAUUUUUGGAUUUGGAGCACUUGUUCUGACAUUUUCUUUUAGCUAUAUAUGGACCUAUUUUCCUAGUAAUUUUUGGUCUUUCUGACAUAUGUAUGAAUUUUUUAUAAAGAACCAGCAUUUUUAAAGAAUGGUUCCUGAUGAUUUUACUGGCAGCUUGUGUGAGUACAGUAACUUUCUUUAUGUGUGCAAAGGAGGCAAGCCUUCAGAGGAUCCAACAAAGUACACUUAUCCCACUAUUAGUUAGUAGAAUGUCAAAUUCAGUGUGAUAAGGAAAGUUUUGAGGGAUCUGCUCCACAGACAUUCCAUGAGGGAGAUGUUUUAGAUUUCCCUGUUAUCCACUAGGUUUCUCUUUGGUUUCACCUAUCCAUCUCAUUGAUCUAAUGUGUGUCAUUGGGAUUUUUUAUUGUACAAUAUGAAUAUUAAAGGGAUCCUAUAGUGCCAGGAAAACAAAGCCAUUUUCCUGGCACUAUGGUGUUAAUAGGUCCCCCCUCCUGCCACUUCAGCCACUUACCUGAAUUCAGCGCCGGUGCACUGGGUCAGGCUGCGCCAACACCCCUCACUGACGUCAGCGGGGAAUAUCUAAUGGAGAUCUAAUGCACAUUUGACACUGAAGGUCCGUGAGGACGUCCAGCAUCAGAUAACGGACCAAAAGUCUGUUUGGAUUCUGGCAGCCCUCUAGUGGCUGUCUGGUAGACAGCCACAGAGGGAAGACUUAGAGCUAAGGAGUAAAUAUUGCAGUUCUCUGGAGUUAUCAUAUGGAGUUUUAUGGGACUUGUUUAUCUUGCAAUUAAAGCGGCACUGUCAUGGCUGAAUCCAGUUUUUUUUUAACCCCCUCUCUCCCCGACUCCACUACAUCUAAUUGUCUCCCUAGUCACCCCCAAAGGCCCCUAAACCCCCCAUAUUACCAAUUUUGAAUCUAUAUUUUCUAUCCGGACUUAGGUCCUGGGUGCCGCCAUCUUUGUGUGGGUAGAUGAAGUCCCUGUCGGAUUCGUCACCUGCCCACAUUAGAAAGCGCCGUGAAAUUCCUGCGCAUGCCCAGAUAAACACUUGUAUGCGAACAGGAAUUUCAUCCAUCCAUCCAUUCCUCAGAAAGACGAACGAAUGAAUAGAAAUGUCAGAUGAACAAACACUGAAUAUUGGUGCUCAUUUGUUCGUUUAGUUUUUUACAAGGAGGGAGCUACCGGGCGUCGCACAGCUCCCUCCUUGUAAUAUGUAAUGAUAGAAGCGGUAGGGAGCAGUGGUCCCCGCCACUUCCUAAGCCUCCCCAUGUCCUUCCUCACUCUAUGGGGGUCAAUAUGAGCUGUGUCUGCUCACUGUUAUAAAAAUAAUCCCCCCGCCCCCUUUCCAACAAAUGGCCCCAUGGUGGGGCAACUACUAACUAGCAGGGGGGACAUAGUGUCCCCAUGAGCCCCCACCCGUGGCCCGCGAGUGGUGGCUAUUCAACUAAACAAUAGCGUCUUUUUUUUUUCCUGCCAGAUUUUUUUUUUUUUUUUGUGCUAGGGUUUUUUUUAUUUGAUAAGUUAGACGGGUAUUUUGUUUUUUUUAUAUUUGGCCUUUUUGGGGGCUGAAAGGUAUUUAGCUUUGUCUCCCCUUCACUAUUUUUAGGUUAAGAGGGUAGGUAGGGAUUUAUUUGAUUUCAUUUGGGUGGGGGUGACUAGGGGCUUGGGGACCCCAAGUCACCGGGUGGAAGGUGGGUAUUUUUACACUUAGCCCCAUCCGUCGCCCAUGGGUAGGGGCAGGACAAAAGGUCCCCCCAUUUUCAUUUAGGGCCCUCACCUGCUGCCCAGGGAUGGGGGCCGGGAAGGAGGACAAUUUACCCCUCCCAAUUGUUAAUAGAUGACCCACAAUUAUUGGAGGCUGCUCACUGUUUAGUAGACAUGCCCCAUACUUGCACCAUAGCAGUAGGGGAUUUUUGGAGAUUUCAAUAGCCCAUAUGCUAUUAUGGCGGUCAUAUUGACCCCCAUAGAGUGAGGGAGGACAUGGGGGGGGGCUUAGGAUGUGGCAGGGAGAACUGCUCCCUGCCGCUUCUAUCUUUACAUAUUACAAGGAGGGAGUUGCGCGCCGGUUGCUCCCUCCUUGUAAUAAACUAAACGAACAAUCAAACACCGAUAUUCGGUGUUUGUUCAUCUGGCAUUUCUAUUCAUUAAUCCGUCUUUCCGACGAAUGAAUGGAUGAAAUUGCCGUUCGCAUGCCCAAUUUUCACAGUGCUAUCUAGUGUGGGCAGAUGACGUAUCCGACAGGGACUUCAUCUACCCACACAGAGAUGGCGGCACCCAGGACCUAUGUCCGGACAGAAAAUAUAUAGCAUUUGGGGCUGACUAGAGGGACAAUUAGAUGUAAUGGAGUUGGGAGGGGGGUUGAAAACAAAAAUGGACUCGGCCAUGACAGUGCCGCUUUAAAUAUUGAUAUUUUUCUUUUAUUUAUUUUUUGUUAGAUUUCUGUCUGCACUGGGUAAUUUUCUUGCUGUACUUCAAUUAUGCUACUACUAGAUGCCUCAUUGUAAAAUGUCCAUUUGUAAAUACAGCGGUGUGGCUGACACAAUGUAGAUAUAUUAACAAAGAGAGAUGCCUGGGACAAAUUGUUUCUGUAAAUGGAGAAUUCGGGCUAGAACAACAUGACUAUUAAAAAGAAGGGAAAAUGGGCACCUGAAAUAUCAUGGCAAUGUAAAUGUGGAAUGGAUUCGGUGGCAAUUUGGCUAUACAAUUGCAAUAUGAUAGCUAUAAUGGCCAUUAUAUAGUUUCUGUGUAAAAUACCAAUGUGCAAGGGGUUUAAGAGAGACUGGUGGGAUGUAUUUAUUGAAAAUGGGAUGGUACAAUUGGGGGUCUGUAAUUGAAGAGUAUUGGUGGGUACACUGUGAGCACAUAAGUGGUAGACACUUGCAGCAAGAUAACUUCAUCAGAAUUAUUAUGGGACAAGAAGGUCAUGGACGUGGGUUGGGCAGUGUUAUAUUGUCAACAAAGCCAAAAAGUCUUCAGUCUGGUGCUCAUCAACUUGCCCCUACACUUCCAUUUGAGUCUGAUGCUUCAAUCAGGAAGUUAUUUUAUUUUAAGCUGCCCAACAUCCAUCCAUUUUUGUAUUGCACAGGGUUAUUGCUUCAUGUAUUUUUGGUGAAUGUGAUGUUUCCAAGUACUGUAUUCAUGAGUAAUGGUGUCACAUCUAUUACAUUAUUAAAGACAGUGAGUGGCCAACCCAUUUUCUCAGAAAAAAAAAAUUGCUUCCUUGUCAGUUGUUUUUCUCAAUGUUUAUUUUGUCAUGACUUCAUGGCUCUUAAAUAUAAGGGUGGAUUCAUAAUUCCUGGCAGUGAUGGUAUCAUAUUGUGACUGCAGAACAAAAUCAUUUGAAUAGCUCAUACUCAAUAGAGUUAGCUUGAACAAAGGUAACUUGGACAAAGCUCCUCAAAAUAAUGAUAUUACAGCAGUAUUAUUAGUGUAGAUAAUAAUACAGUAUAUACAAUAAUCACAUGUUAACCCCCUUAACAUCUCUUGGCAGUCAAAGGUUUGAAACAGUGAAGGUUAUUAGCAGGCUUACCAUUUAGUUGUACUUAGCUGAAGAACAAUGCUAGGUAAAGAACAGAGGAGAUCACGUGGUGGAGGUCCAGCAUAACAGGGCAGUUCCGGAGUGGAGAAUAAUGUACACAGUCCGUGAUGAAAUCAGGCAGCUUUGGAAACCAAAGUACAGAGUCCAUUAUAAGGUAGAGACUGGCAGGGUUAUUACUAAAGUGAGAAUUAAAAAUUAAAUUAAAAUGAAUUACAAAUUUAAGACCAAAAUAAAUAAAUAUAUAAAAAGUACGUUAUUCGUUCAGAACGGCUACCUUGGCUUAAAAUAUUAACUUCACUGAGAAUUCUCACUUUAGAGAAUAGCUCUGUGAAUAAUUGAGUGUUUGGAGUUUACUGUAACCUUUAUUUGGGGUGCGGAAAACAGCAGGAACAGCACAAAGGGGGUAAUCUAUGUUCCUAAAAGCAGAGCCAAGAUCAGAUAUCAGGGAGGUCAGGGCACGAAGGGUUGUGCCAUAAGCGUAGUCAGGGACCAAGGUCAGAAACCAAUAAAGGUCAGAGUAUGGAGGGAUUGUCAAUAGCAUGGCCAGGGUAAAAAAAAACAAGGUAAUAAGCCAACAAGAAGAGUACUGAUACCGGUCAGGUCACUUAGAGGAAUAAAGAACAGAGGCUGAAAAUGAGCAGUAUUACGCAAGUCAAUACAGACCAGUAGACUCGAUUAAGCCAUGAGGAUUCCACAGAGCAAUACUUAAAUUGUCAAACAUAAUUGUACAAACCUAAAAGCAUUUAAGGAUCAAACAAAAGUGCUACUAUAAGGGUUAUUCACUAAAGUCCAAAUGGCCCUGAAAAGAAUGGGACAAAACAAUCCAGCUGCAUACUGGAAAAAGUGGACAUUGUUGAUGGAACUGACCAAUGACUGGAUUUUGUAAAUCAGGACCCAAACUAAGGUUUUUUUGAGUUUUGAAUAAUAGUAUCAAGGUUGAUGAGUUGGUUUGUUAGUUAUACAUUAAAAGCAUUUCUACAUGCAAUCAAACCAUAACACAUUGUCUUAAAGGUGAAAUAUUCAGCUACACUGGAUGUAUGAAACUUUUCCAUCUACUGCAAGUUCCUUUAAAUUGGCUGAUUCCUGCAAAAUGUGUCUGACUUUUUCCCCCCCAGUUUUUCCACUACCGAUAGUGAGUGGGGUGUCUUUGUCUCAAGCAUAAAUAAUCUUGCUGGAAAUAACAACCAAAGGACAUACUGGCAGUUUUUUAAUGAAACAACACCUUUACAACUAGGUAAGAAUACAUCUUUUCUUCUUACCACAAUUAAUUUCUAAUAUAUGUACUUUAUCCUUUGCACCUGACUUGUUUAACACAUAGGACAGUUUGUUACUAACUUGCUAAUAUUAAUAGAUUUGAAAUUCUAUGCUGAUAUACAUUCCAUAUUGUUAGUGUCAAAGAUCACCACAAGACAUUAAGGGACAGUAAAAGCACCUAAAAGUACUAUAUCUUAUUACAGUCCUUACAUGCCCAGCUGUCACUGAAAAGUUACCAUUUAGUCUUCUCUAAGCAGGAAUACAGAGGGUCAGUCCCAGACAUAUGUUCAGAUAUGGUCAUGUAAGGACUUUUGCCCAUUGGAGUGGUCUGGGUGCCAACUCCCACUACCUUUAACCCUGCAACUGUAAAUUUUGCUAUUUUUAUAAACUAAUAUUUACCUUGCAGGUUUAACUCCUCCUUUAGUGGCUGUCUACUAGACAGCCACUAGAGGGCACUUCCGGGUUUAUAGCACACAUUUCGUGUGCUAUAGCAUGUCGCAGAAAUCGCAGAAAUGUGUUGCAGAAAUCCCCAUAGGAAAGCAUUGAAAGCAUGUUUCAAUGCUUUCUUAUGGGGAGGUGUAAUGCGCGUGCGCAGCAUUGCCGCACAUGCGCAAUAGGUCUCCCCUCGCCGGAUGAGCGUGGGCAGACCCUGACCCAUCGCCGAGGGACAUCGGUGCUGGAUACAGGUAAGUCACUGAAGGGGGAGAGGGGACCUGCAGUGCCAGGAAAACGGUUUGUUUUCCUGGCACUGGAGAGUCCCUUUAAGCUGUAGGGACACUCUAGGUUCUAUAACCUUUUUAUCUCCCUGAAUUGUUAAUGGUAUCUGGAGUACCUUGGCACCAUCCUUCAUAAAAAAUGUACUACUAGUUUAACAACUAGUUUAACAUUAAACAGCUAGUUUAACAUUAAGAAAAUUAUCGAUCCUGGUUUCCGUGGAACCAUAAUUGUCUUAAUGUUAAACCAUUGUUUAACCAAUUACCAGUUUUAAACUAUAUUAAUUAGCUAUUUUAAUUAAUUAUAACCAUUUUUCAAACAUUUUUAAACAGUGUUUAAACACUACAGACACUGUAAUGAGAUGGAGCAGUGUCAGUGACCAGAGAGUCUCUUUGACUAUAAUGUUAGCAUUGUUAUAUUGAUUAUAAAAGCCCUCGUCCAUCAAGUUCAACCUUCCACACAUCUGUUUUCUCUAUUGCCCAAUUAAAACAAAUAGUUUACAACUAAAGUGGUUAACAUAUUUCUCCUUGGAUCGUCAGGCUUUGUGUUAACUUUCAUAAUACUGAAAAUGUCCCACUUUGCACAAAUAAAUAAAAAAAUAAAAUUAAUUUUAAAAAAAAUUAUAUAUAUAUUUUUUUUAAAAGAUGUCUGCUGAAAAUGCUGCUAAAACAACCUCCUAGGUAGAGAAUUUCACACCUGCGAAACACUUACUUCAAAUCUCAGUGUAGGAUCUCGUGUAAGCUCCAUGUACAAUUGUAUAAUGUUAUCAUAUUCCUUCUGAAAUGGCUGUAUGCUAAAGUAGAUAAAAGUAAAUUUUGUGAUCUUUCUUCAUAUUUAAGAUUUUAGAUUCCACUUUUUAAUUUAUACCCCACACGCUUGUACACUAAAUAGCACAAAUCCUAAAAGAAACAAAUCCUGGAAGAUUAAAACAGUGAAUUGGCCAAUUAUCAUUUAAGCUCCUGCUUUUAAUAUACUGAAGAAAUAUAUAUAUAUUUAAACAUUUUCCCCUUUUCCUGAUCUGGAAUAUUUAUCCCAUGCCUAAUGUUUAUAUUGUUAUUAACAACCACUUUUUAGAAUCCUAUUAGCAUACUGUAUUGCUAAAGGAACAGCAUACAGUUUUUUUUGUGUGUUAUGUGUAAAACUAUGUCCUUAAUCAAAAAAAUGUUUUUAAAGAUAUAUAAAAGCUACCACAAUGCAAAAACAAUCAUGGAAAAUAUCAGUUAGCACAAAAGAACAAUAAACAUAAGACAUAAAACAAAAUAAUUAUUAUGUGCACCUGCUUAAUUUAGUAUAAUCAAGUGUAGACCAGCGACAGCUAAUCUUUGAGACUCUUGUUGAUGAAGACUAUUUUUACACGAUUUUCACGGUGUCCAAAGACUGGCCAUCACUCUAGACUUUAAUUUCUGCUAUCACUGUUUAAAGAUGCAUUUUAAAUGUGAAGAACUUCCAUCCUUUCCAGUAUAUUAAUCAUUGAUCUUUUCUUACUUUUCUCCUAGGUGUAAGCUCAUACAAACCUACCAACAAGGAACACAUCUUGGCCAUUUUCAGCAAAUUCUAAUUAAUACACAUUUCUGCAUGUUCUGCUUUUCAUUUCUUUUUCCAGUAAUUUUUUAUCCUUUUAAAGGACAUGUCUGGUGUUCACAAGGUCAUAAUCGAUACCAAGUGAUAUAUACAGUAUAUAUAUAUAGGCACAUGCAAUAUAGGAUCAUACCUACAAAAUCUACAUUAUUUGACCUAUUUCAGGAGUUAUUAAAAACCGUUUAUGCUUUAAAUAUGCUUAUAUAUCAGCUAAAAAAAGCAAACAAAAGAAAAUCAAACCAUAAAUAUUUGUUAGAGAUUUUUCCCAUUUUGUCAUAAGCACGUAAAUCAUUUAAAGUGGACUUGUCAUUUACAAAUUUUCCUUUGUAAAUCUGCUUAAAAGAACACCCUGGGCAACAUAACAGCAUCAAAAUAAUAUUGUCAUGGUGCCAGGGAGCCUCUGGCAAUUUCUUACACAGAGGGGUCAAAUCAUUCACAAACAGUCUAACCCCAAAGAUUGCUCUUUAGUGCCAUAUCUCCCUUUCUCCAAAUCAGUUUGAGGAAGCACAGAGCACAGCUGAUUGGCUUAGGGAGGUCAGCUGAUUCAUAGAAAGGUAUAUACCUUGUGUAGCAACUAUAAAAUGUCAGCUUCAGUAAAUAUGCAAAUAAAGUUCAUAUGAAUAUAUGUUAUCUGUAAGUUACACAGGCAAGAAUAUUACAGGUUCACUUGAAUGUAUAUGUGAAUAAAAAUCCAAUCUACAUCGCCUUGCUUCGUGUUUUUAUGUUUGUACCUGUUACCUUUGUAUCUGUUACACACACAUGAAAUGAAGUGCAUGUGUAACUGAAGCACAGAAAUACUGUAUCCUUAAAAUGACAGUUGUAACAGCAACUAGAAGCUAAAUUAUACAAAUAAUAUUUUAAUCUUGUUCAAGCAUUUUCAGUAAAAAUAGCAUUAUAAAACUGUAAUUACAAAAAAUAAAUUACAACAAUUACAAGAAACAUCAAAAAGUCUUUCAAGCUGUCAAACUGAUACGUUUACAAAAAUGCAUGUUUGUUGUGUAAUUCUUUUUAACUCUUUUAACUAACAAGCUCCUUUAAUUAAAAAAUAGAUACAUAAAAUGUAUUUGAAAUAUUGGUUGUGUAACAG